AUGAAUAAAGAUCCUGUUCUAUUUCCACCGAAAUUUAAUAUUGAUCAGCCACUGACUAUUAUAAAUUAUGAUAAAUAUCGCCAAAAUGUAUUAGAUUCACCAUAUAAAGAACGUAUGAGAAUGGAUUAUGAUAAAGUUAUGUUUAUUCAUUUUACUUAUUGUUUAAGUAUGAAAUUAUUUCCUUUAAAAUUUCAUACGCUACGGAGUAAAUAUUUUGGUGAAUCUCCGAUUAAUGAAAUUAUACCUGUACUCGGUGCACGUAAUGUUAAAAAUUUACAAAGACGAUUAACGAAUACUGUUUAA